UUGUUCAGAAAGGAAAAAACAAAAAGGAGAAGCAGAAAUUCUGAAAUAUCCCCGCCUCCACCACUGUUCUUCUUCUUCUUCUCUCCCCACUCUCCGAUUCCUCACCCGCAAAUCCGCCCUCCGCCGCUCCCAUUUGCUCCUCUCCCCCUCCUCGCAACCCGCCGCGCGACCUCGCUGCCGGCGGCUGGACGGUACGGUACGGAGGAGUGGCUGGGGUGGGUGGGUUGGUGGCGAGGGCGUCCCUCUGGUACUGGGCUGGCGCGGAGUGGAGAUCCGUUCCCCCGGCUCGGGAUGAUUCCUCCGGUCGUUGCCGAUCACAAGGAAGGAUGGAGUGGUGGGGGUGUUGAUAUUAUCUAGUGCUUCCAAAUGUAAAAGAAGCUUUGACAAUGGCCCCAGGAAGUAGCAUUGUGACUGAAGUUCUUGAAUCAGAUUGUAUAGACCAUGGGCUCUCUGAGGCACUCAGUAGUAUUAGGCUUGAUGGAGACUCUACAAGUAAGCCCUCCUGGGCUGCUUCACUUGUCAAUGUUGGUUUAUCAUCAUUGACUGGCUUGAAUGAUUUGCUUGAGUGUCCAGUGUGUACAAACUCAAUGCGGCCGCCUAUACUUCAGUGCCCAAACGGUCACACAAUUUGCUCCAGCUGUAAGCAUAGGGUAGACAAUCAUUGCCCUACUUGUCGCCAGGAAUUGGGAAAUAUUAGAUGCUUGGCUCUUGAGAAGGUGGCCGAAUCCAUUCAGCUUCCAUGCAAAUAUCAAAGCCUGGGUUGUACCGAGAUCCAUCCUUACCAACACAAACUUAAGCACGAGGAGCUCUGCAGGUUUAGGCCAUACAGUUGUCCAUAUGCAGGUUCAGAAUGCUUGAUCGCAGGUGAUGUUCCGAUGCUCGUGUCUCAUCUCAUAAACGACCAUAAGGUGGACUUGCAUGAAGGCUGUACCUUUAACCACCGCUAUGUGAAGUCCAACCCUUACGAAGUGGAAAAUGCUACAUGGAUGCUCACUGUAUUCAAGUGUUUUGGGCAGCACUUCUGCCUCCACUUCGAGGCGUUCCUGCUCGGCAUGUCACCAGUAUACAUGGCUUUCCUGCGGUUCAUGGGUGAAGAGAGCGAGGCACGGAACUUCUGCUACAGCCUGGAGGUGGGUGGGAACGGGAGGAAGCUGACGUGGCAGGGCACUCCCCGGAGCAUCCGGGACGGCCACAAGAAGGUGCGGGACAGCUUCGACGGCCUCAUCAUCCACCGCAACAUGGCACUCUUCUUCUCCAGCGGCACCAGGCAGGAGCUCAAGCUGCGGGUGACCGGUCGCAUCUGGAAGGAGCAAUGAUGACGAGCCCGCUGCAAGCUCCUCCUCUCCUGGCGCAUGCUUCCCUCUCCCUCCCUCCCUCUCGGGCACGCCACGGAAGCGAGAACUGGACCACGGUGUUGUUGCGAGCUCCCUGACAUGUGCAGAUGCCUCUUCAGUUGUCGUUGUUGCCCCCCAUGAUUCCAUUGUUUUGUUGUUGUGCUAGGAGACUGCCUACCUGAUGUACAAAUGCUUUGAAAUUGUGGGACGACUGUGUUGAAACCACUCAAGGGAAAAGCUUUCCCAAGAACAUAUGCUGUGAUUCUUUCGUUUCAGUCAUUCUGUAUUUCUAUGGCACCAA